AUGAUUUGGAAUUUCGUAUAUGGGUUAAAAGGACAGGCAAUGACAAAAUCAUUAAUCUCUAAAGAAGAGGUCAUUAAAAAAUAUGCUAUAUGUACCCUUCAUUUUCAAGAUUCUUGUAGGAGCAUUGGUACUGUUCGUUUAAAUAAAGGAUCACUUCCUACAAUGUUUUUACCAAACCUAUUGGAUACUGAUGAACCUCAAUCCAAUAUUAAUYGUGAAGUCUCUAAAGUUGUGGAAAACUCUAGUUUUGAAACAUYAUUUGAUACACUAGCUAUUCCCUUGGAUAAAUCCCACGAGUUUUCUACUAKUACACCUUGCUCUUCAAAUUCAUCUUUAUAUGAACUAAAACCUAUUACAAAUAAUAGUACUUCAGAAAUAGUAAUUAGAACACCAAGUUUUCAAGAAAAAAUAAACAAAACUACUUUAGAGUUUAUCGAAAGCCAAGUAGGAAAUCAACACAAAAAACUUAAUGGUAGAAGGUAUAUGUUAAAAGAUAAAAUAUUUGCUCUAUAUAUUUUCAAGACUUCUCCAAAAGCGUAUAAGUUUUUAUCUAAAAUAUUUGCCUUGCCUAGUGAAACUACAUUAAAUAAUUUGCUUGAAAAAAUACCUUUUAUACCCGACAUUAAUAGUCACAUUGAGGAAAAUAUGAAGCACCAAGUGAAACAAUUAAAACCAAUGGACCGAACUUGCAUAAUUUUAUUUGAUGAAAUGGCUCUUGAGCCUGGUCUAAAGUAUGACAAAAAAAAUGAUUUAAUGUUAGGUUUUGAAAAUGUUGGGAAGACUGUCACAAACAAAUUUGCAGACCAUGUACUGGUUUUUAUGAUAAAAGGUGUAAGCAAAAAAUGGAAACAACCUUAUGCUUACUACUUUUGUCAAGGAACCACUAAAACAAAUCAGUUAGUUACUUGUAUUAAAGAAGUUGUAAAGAGUUAA